AAGGGUAUCUGUUAGAGAUGAUGAAGAUUUCGUUCAUGUGGCUUGUUCUGGUCGUGUGCUUCCUGCAAUUGUGCACAGGGCAGGACUUGCAAACACAAUUUUUAAGCCCUCACAAUGACGCAAGAUCUCAAGUGGGAGUUGGCCCUCUGGUGUGGGACGAUACUGUGGCUGCCUAUGCGCAAAACUAUGCUAAUCAACGCAUGGCGGACUGUGCUUUGCAGCAUUCGGGUGGACAGUAUGGAGAAAACAUUUUCUGGGGACAAGGUGCAGAGUUCUCACCCGCAGAUGCCGUGAAUUCAUGGGUUAGUGAAAAGCAAUAUUACGAUUAUAAUUCCAAUUCAUGUGCUCAAGGGGAGGAGUGCGGACAUUAUACCCAAGUGGUGUGGAGAAAUUCGCAGAAGCUUGGGUGUGCUCGUGUUAAAUGUAAUGAUGGGGCCAUUUUCAUCACCUGCAAUUACGAUCCGCCUGGGAAUUACGUUGGGCAGAAGCCUUACUGAUUCCAUGUUUCUUGUCUUUCACUAAAUCAGACCUGCAGUAUUCUCACCCAUCUAGUAUUGCUCUCUAAAUAAUACGUGAUAUUGACCAAAUGCACUAAGUUGGUCCCCGAAUAAAAUUUCACGUGUAUUUCACAUAUUUAUAUUUAAUAGAUAAAUAUUGUGUCUA